CCCCGACAACCGGAGGCCAGACACGGAAAGCAAAGUGACGGGACCAACAGCUGUUACCAGGCGCCUUUUGGUGACGCGACCGCCACGCGAUGACGCGCAGACCAGCUGCGGCUUCCACGUCUUGGGUUCCGCAAAGGCCUACGGGAGCGACCCGGGAGAAGGAGGGCUAAGAUGGCGAAAGCGGCAGAGUCUCCUGGAGACCCGGGGACAACAACUCCCAGGCCGCUGGUGAGCUUGGGUUCUGCGACAAAAGGGACUGAGGCUCGUUGCAAUGCUCUUCAUGAACCUUAUGCUCUGCAUGAUGCAACCUUGCUCCUGUCACCAUGGGAUACGAUUUCCAUUGCAAAUACAAGCUCAAAGUCUGGACAGUUUGCAGGCCUUUCCGACAUAUCAAUCUCUCAAGACAUCCCCGUGGAAGGAGAAAUCACCAUUCCUAUGAGAUCUCAAAUUCGGGAAUUUGACAGCUCCACAUUAAAUGAAUCUGUUCAGAAUACCAUUAUGCGUGAUCUAAAAGCUGUUGGAAAAAAGUUCAUGCAUGUUUUGUACCCAAGAAAAAGUAAUACUCUUUUGAGAGAUUGGGACUUAUGGGGCCCUUUGAUCCUUUGUGUGACACUGGCAUUAAUGCUUCAAAGCUCUGUAGAUAGUGAAAAGGAUGGAGGACCCCAGUUUGCAGAAGUGUUUGUCAUUGUCUGGUUUGGUGCUGUUACCAUCACCCUCAACUCAAAACUUCUUGGAGGAAACAUAUCUUUUUUUCAGAGCCUCUGUGUGCUGGGUUACUGUAUACUUCCCUUGACAGUGGCAAUGCUGGUUUGCCGGUUGGUGCUUUUGGCCGAGCCAGGACCAGUCAACUUCAUGGUCCGACUUUUUGUUGUGAUUGUGAUGUUUGCCUGGUCUAUAGUAGCCUCUACAGCUUUUCUUGCUGAUAGCCAGCCUCCAAACCGGAAAGCCCUGGCCAUUUAUCCCAUUUUCUUGUUCUAUUUUGUCAUCAGUUGGAUGAUUCUCACCUUCACUCCUCAGUAAAUCAGGAAAUGCAAAUUAAAAACCUGUGAAUUGAAAGCUCAUCUGAAAGAUACAGCUAACCAUGGAACUUUCCCUCUGGCCCUCUUUUGUCUAAUUUUGGAGGUAUUUGGUAUGUGAGGAGAUUAAAAGGGAACCUUAAAGUACCACACUGCUUAUAUAAGGAACCCAUGUUUGAAAGGCUGUCCUUUGCCUCUUGAUGUUAUUUCUUUAAAAUACAUAGUAUAUGCAGUAUAGUGCUGCGUUAAGGCAUGAUAGGGUCACUGCGGCCCAUUUGAGUGACAACCAAUGAUUUGGGAAGCACAUAGAUACAUUCUGCAAGUUGAGUGGAAUUAGCAACUGUAUUUUCAGUUUUGAGAUUACCAGUUCAAGUGCAGCUCUUAAACACAUUGCCUUAUGACUAUUAGAAUAUGCCUGUCUUUUCGUAAAUAAGAAUGGGUAGUCUAUCCAUUUUGUUUUAUUUCUUUCGUAGGCUUAAAAGAUAAUGACUGAGAUUGGGAAGUGGGUUCAUAAUUGGGGAGGAGAAAACAUGUGUUUGCCGGUAUUCAGAUUUUGACUAGAGAAAAUUCUGCACAUGUUGCUUCUUCAAAAAGCAAAGGACUUCUAGAGAAUCCACUUCUUUAGUGUUUCUAUAUAGUCCCCUUUCCGCCAUGCUUAUUCACAGCACUUCAAUGACACUCCAGUUUUUAAUCUUACUCCCUAGCUCUGAAUAUGCAAGCUGUUAGCAGUCAGUAUGUAAUUUUCCUUUCAUUAAAGCUCUCAGUGGACCAGCAAUUGAACUUAUCCAAGUGGAAGACCUCAGAAAAUUAGAUUGGUAGGUUCUUAACGCAUAUUACGCAUAUUAUCAUUUGGGCACUUCCUUCUUCUUAAGGGUAGAAUGAGGCAGUUUUGGAUACAGCAUAGCUCUAAGGAAUUCUUCAUUAUUCUGUGUAGUUUGGCUUCUAACUACAAAGUAAAGCCAAAUCAGAAGCCUGCAUUUAACCAUGUGAACUUUAGUGUUCUGGUGGCCGGUUCACAGAACAACUAGAUGCUUAGAGCAUGACAGGAUGACAUGGGUUUACAGCUGCCACCUUUUCAUAGUGGGCUUAGCAGUUUUUUCAUUAGGUGUGCUUUUUGGGUUGGGGAAUAGUAAUUUAUUUUCUUGCUUUUAGACUUUAUUCAUAAAGCUACUUAGCUCUUUUUUAAACAAGUACCUUUUUUUGCACAUGUGCACCUACUUGUGUUCUCAGCUAUUUAUAUACAUAAGUGUGAAAGCUUUUUGGGGAGCUGAUUAUCUGGAAAGGCUGAUUCUAAGCUAAACAGGGCUCCUUUAAGGUAAUAUGAGCUACUGCCUUCUAUAAAUUGCAGAUGGAAGAAAUCUUAAUAAUCAAAAGAUUAGGAGUCAGGCAGAAAACAUUCACUGUAUAUACAGUUACUUAUCAAGAUAGGAAUUUAUUCCACAGUUUUUCUUUAUCAUGGAAUCUAAAUAUUUAUUCAUUUUGUAUCUAAAGACUAUCUACCCAUAGAUAUAUAAUUUAAAAACAUAUUUUCUCCAUUCCCAAAUUAACCAAGAACACUACUAGGACAAAUGGGUUCUUGGCGUGAUACUAAAUUACUAAGCAUUACAAAGUUGGUCCCCUCUGUCCCAGCAUUCCAAAGAUUUUGGUUAUGUAUUUGUAUUUAUUUCAAUUUCCCUUCUAAAUUUUAAAAUAAACCUGGUGAGCACAAAGCCAAUUUUCCAGUCUUGAAUUGGUAAAGACAAUAUUUUGAAACUGGUUCUGAUUUUGAAAUUGGUCCUUAAGAUGUCAUCCAUUUCGAUUGCCUAAAUUUUCCUAACAUCAUAUUAAAAACAUCUCUCUUCCAAAGUUUUUCAUAAUCUGUCCCGAUGGUUAUAGUGUAAAAUUAAAGAAAUGAUCAUGUUUCUCAAAAGGGAAUUGCCUACUGAAUUUUACUCAGGCUAAAUAUUUUGGUCAGAAAUUUUUAAGGCUACAACUGGGGUGGGAGUUAUGUGGGUGGGGGGAGGGGUUAUUAUAUUGGGUGUUAAGGCAAUUAAUUGUUGCUCUCCGGUGACUUAAGGAAUGGUUUCAUUUCAUUUAAAUGAAGAUGCGUAAAAUGGAGAUUAUCUUUCUGAAAAUGAAUGGUCAGUUUUAUGGUAUAAAUGAUUAUUUUUUAAUAUAUGCAAAAAAAAAAGGUCUUCUGUGGCAGAAGACCUGAUUUUCUGGAAGUUGUAACCCUCAACACAACUUUCCCUGCAAAAGCACAUGGCUAAUUAUAGAAUAAAGACUAGAAGAGAAGGGGAUUUUAACAAAGGAAACCCUGUCCCAGGAAUUGGGAAGUUUCAUGCUUUAGAUGAAACUCAAGUGUGUGAGCAUCAUGUCCAAAUGUGGUGCAUCACUACUGUCAUGGCUUAUCAUUUGCUGCUCAAACUUCUGAGAUUGAGCCUCCAUUGUCACAUUCUUUAGCAAUAGGAAAGGUGAAGACUGGAUGUAAUUGUUAUUCAGAUUAUAAAAACUCAACUGAUGCAGACAUUCUUGAAUGUGCAGUGUAGUCUUAAAUGUCAACCAUUAAUUGUCAAGUCAUUUGCCUGGUAGGAAUCUUAUUACUCGAGUUAAAUUGGAUCUUUUUUAUUAUGAUGGGGUUUUUCUGUUGUUGCUCAAGGGGGGCUUGACACAGGACAUAGGACCGGUCAGCAUUUUACUGUUUACUAUAUUUGUCUUUUUAUAACUAUCUCCCAGAUGUGAUUAGAAGGCUAGCAAGACUGUAUUUGACGAUUUAAUUGUAUACUUCUUAUAAUCUAACUACGUAUUGUACCUGGAGUUCCUGUUUAUUCCUGAAGAUGAAAAUGAAAAUCUUUUGUCAUUUUAAAUUUGGGUGACAUCAAGUCAUUAAAUUUAUCUAAAUACCAUAAUGAUAUGAUCAGACAUCUGUUGCAUGAGUGGCUUUAUUCUGGAGUAAAAUACUGAAAUUGUUAUUCUUAAUUAGACUGUUAAUUUCUGAGACAAUUUGGAUAGAAAUAAAUGUAUGAAUGUUAAUUCAUGUAUGUAAAUUAGAAGUACUUUUCUAGAUUCUGUGGGCUUUUAUUGAAAAUAAAGAAUUUUUAGGGAUUUACUCAGGCCAUAGGAUGGCCAACUAAUAAUAAUGACAAUAAUAUUACUACUAAUAAUGGCUAACACUUAUUGGGCACUUAUAUUGUGCCAGGCAAUAUUCUAUUUUUUUAGGAAUUUUUAUAACAGCUUUACUGAGACAUACUUUACCAUAAAAUUCACCUUUUUAAAGUGACAUACAAUUAAGUGAUUUUUCAGUAUAUUCACAUAAUUGUGUAAUUUUCACUACUAUCUCAUUUUAGAACAUUAUCACAUCACAAUAAAAUCCCAUAUCCAGUAGCAUCAUUUUCUUUCCCCCUUCUCCCAGCCUCUGGCAACCACCAAUUUUCUUUCUGUCUCUAUUGAUUUGGCCAGGCACUGUUCUUAAGUGCUUUUUAUGUAUCUCUUCUAAUCCUUAAAAAAAGUGCUACAAUUCUCAUUUUACAAGUAGAAAAUUGAGUCACAGAAAGGGUAAGUAAAUUGCCCAAGGUCACACAGUAAAUUGAUUUAAAAUAGGAAAACACUGUAGAUGGGAGUAGGACACAGUUCUGAAUUACAUUGCUAUGUUCAUUAAAUGAAUGUACCCCUUUCCCAGCGUACACUCCUGUCAUUAAGAUUACACCCUAUGAAUUGACUGGAGAUAGAUAACUCUCUCUCUUUUUUUUAACCUGAGUAAUAGAACAGUAUAUUAGCAUGUGGAAAAAAACACAAGAGCAGUUGUACAUGAAAGAGUUAGGUUUGCUGUCCUCCCCCACCUUGAGCCCCUUUUCUCUCCUUAUCCUCCACCCAACACACACACACACACACACACACACACACACACAUACACACCCCUUGCCUUUUUCCCAAAGUCUUAAGAGUCAAGUGACUUCUGCCUCUUUCAUUUUAAUUCUCCCAGAGGGAUGGUUAAUGCAUCAAAAUUUAACCUGUUUAUUCAGAUGUUUGUAGUCAGGGGUUGCAUCUAGUCACUUAUAAUAUCAGUUAUAUUUCUAAGACCUCAGAGACCAGUAGUGUGAGAAUAAAAUCCUUUUUUACUUGGGUUAGAUUAGAUGGGGUAAAUAUGAGAGUAAGGGCUUUGCCUUAAUGAGUCGGUGGUUCCGCUGGUAGGAAGUGACCACACACUGCUCUUGUUCACUCUGUUCUGUUUAUUUCAGAGCCAUUGUACUCUAUGCCAUCACUGCUGGUAAUUUCUUGGUCCUCUUCAGUACUCCAUUGUAAUCCUGAUCUUUCCUGUAAAUAAUGAACCUGUGGAAAGAAUAAAUCUGUAAAAUGAUUUGUGAAUGUUAAAUGUGCAAAUAAAAACACUGGAAACGGG